AUGUUCAAACUGGGUCGCUCCAGCUUGGCCCCGGCCUUAAAGGCCUUCAGGGAUACCCCCAUGCGGAGCUCAAUCCAACAACGGAGGAACUUGAGCAUUCACGAAUACCUCUCUGCGAGACUAUUGAAAUCUUACGGUAUCGGCGUCCCCAAUGGCGAGGUUGCCAAAACACCUGAAGAGGCGGAGGCCGUCGCGAAGCAGAUUGGCGGCGAUGACAUGGUUAUCAAAGCCCAGGUACUCGCCGGUGGCCGCGGUAAGGGCACAUUUGACAACGGCUUGAAGGGCGGUGUCAGAGUCAUUUACUCGCCCACGGAAGCAAAGAUGUUUGCCGAACAGAUGAUCGGCCAUAAGCUGGUCACCAAACAAACCGGCGCCCGGGGCCGUGCCUGCAACUCCGUAUACAUCUGCGAACGGAAAUUUGCACGACGCGAGUUCUACUUGGCCGUCCUCAUGGAUCGAGCCACCCAGUCUCCCGUCAUUGUCGCUUCGUCGCAGGGUGGUAUGGACAUUGAGACGGUGGCCAAAGAAACUCCCGAUGCCAUCAUCACCACGCCCAUUGACAUCAACGUCGGGGUCACCGAUGAGAUUGGCCGAAACAUCGCAACUGAACUCGGCUUCAGCGAACAGUGCAUCGAAGACGCCAAAAAUACUAUCCAGAAGCUGUACCAGGUCUUCAUGGAGAAGGAUGCCACGCAGAUCGAAAUCAACCCUCUCAGCGAAACCAGCGAUCAUCAAGUUCUGUGCAUGGACGCCAAACUCAACUUCGACGACAACGCCGAGUUCCGCCAAAAGGAGAUUUUCAGCUGGAGAGACACUUCCCAAGAAGAUGCGGACGAAGUCCAGGCUGCACAGCACGGUCUUAACUUUAUCAAGCUCGACGGUGAUAUUGGAUGCCUGGUCAACGGUGCUGGUCUCGCCAUGGCCACCAUGGACAUUAUCAAGCUGAACGGUGGCACGCCCGCCAACUUCUUGGAUGUUGGUGGCGGUGCCACUCCUGAAGCCAUUCGGUCGGCAUUCGAGUUGAUCACCAACGACCCCAAGGUCACGGCGAUCUUUGUCAAUAUUUUCGGCGGUAUUGUCAGAUGUGAUGCCAUUGCGCAAGGAUUGAUCCACGUGGUUCACGAGAUGAACUUGAGACUCCCCAUUGUGUGUCGAUUACAAGGGACCAACAUGGAAAAGGCGGCUGAGCUGGUCAACAACUCUGGACUCAAGAUCUUCUCCAUUACCGAUCUGCAGGACGCGGCCGCCAAGGCGGUGGACUUUUCCAAGAUUGUCAAGAUGGCCCGGGAUAUUGAUGUCGGAGUCGAGUUUUCUCUUGGUAUCUGA